ACCCCCGUUAUGGACUAGCCGCUCGCCUCGGUUCGUCGCAUCGGGAAUACAAAGGAAAACACUCACACUCACAAUCUCACAAAACACAUCCAUAGAUACACACACACACACACGUCAGUGUCGGAGCUGCAUCGGCACCCGAACAGGACGGUAUAUCCGUUGCCGUGCACGAGCGAUGAGCCUGGUCAUCGCGGAGCUGCAUUCUGAGUAGAGGGUCCGCGGCACCGACGCGCUGCUGUUUUAAUUUCACACCGAGAAGAUGGCGAACGAUUCUCCCGCGAAGAGCCUGGUGGAAAUAGACCUCGCGUCGCUGCGGGAUCCGGCCGGAAUAUUCGAGCUCGUAGAAGUGGUCGGUAAUGGCACCUACGGACAAGUCUACAAGGGUCGUCAUGUCAAAACAGGACAACUGGCGGCCAUUAAGGUCAUGGACGUCACAGAGGAUGAGGAGGAGGAGAUUAAGCUGGAGAUUAACAUGCUGAAGAAGUACUCCCACCACAGGAACAUCGCCACCUACUACGGAGCCUUCAUUAAGAAGAGUCCACCUGGACAUGAUGAUCAGCUCUGGCUGGUGAUGGAGUUUUGUGGAGCUGGUUCUAUCACAGACCUGGUGAAGAAUACCAAAGGAAACUCACUGAAGGAAGACUGGAUCGCUUACAUCUCCAGGGAGAUACUCAGGGGUUUGGCCCACCUGCACGCCCAUCACGUGAUCCACCGGGACAUCAAAGGCCAGAACGUUCUACUGACGGAGAACGCCGAGGUCAAACUGGUGGACUUCGGCGUGAGUGCUCAGCUGGACCGCACGGUGGGCCGCAGGAACACCUUCAUCGGAACCCCCUACUGGAUGGCACCUGAGGUCAUCGCCUGCGACGAGAACCCAGACGCCACCUACGACUACAGGAGUGACUUGUGGUCAUGUGGAAUUACAGCUAUAGAGAUGGCAGAAGGUGCCCCUCCCCUGUGUGAUAUGCACCCAAUGAGAGCUCUCUUCCUCAUUCCACGGAACCCUCCUCCACGACUGAAGUCAAAGAAAUGGUCUAAGAAGUUCUUUAACUUCAUUGAGAGUUCCCUGGUGAAGAACUACACGCAGCGCCCCCCCACGGAGCAGCUGCUGAAGCACCCCUUCAUACGGGACCAGCCCAACGAGAGACAGGUGCGCAUCCAGCUCAAGGACCACAUCGACCGCACCAAGAAGAAGAGGGGAGAGAAGGAUGAGACAGAGUAUGAGUACAGUGGGAGUGAGGAAGAGGAGGAGGAAGCACCUGAACAAGAGGGAGAACCCAGCUCGAUCGUGAAUGUGCCGGGGGAGUCGACCCUGCGGCGCGACUUCAUCCGGCUGCAGCAGGAGAACAAGGAGCGCUCGGAGGCGCUAAGGCGACAGCAGCUCCUGCAGGAGCAGCAGCUGCGCGAGCAGGAGGAGUACAAGCGCCAACUACUGGCCGAACGCCAGAAGCGCAUCGAGCAGCAGAAGGAGCAGAGGAGGCGACUGGAGGAGCAGCAGAGGCGUGAGCGGGAGGCGCGGCGGCAGCAGGAGCGCGAGCAGAGGAGGCGCGAGCAGGAGGAGAAGCGGCGCGUGGAGGAGCUGGAGAGGAGGCGCAAGGAGGAGGACGACCGCCGCCGCGCCGAGGAGGAGAAGAGGAGGGCGGACCGCGAGCAGGUCAGACCUGGGGAGUAUAUCCGUCGGCAGCUGGAGGAGGAGCAGAGGCAUCUGGAGAUUCUGCAACAGCAGCUGCUACACGAGCAGGCCAUGCUACUGGAGGGUAAGUGGCGUGGGCUGGAGGAGCAGCGGCAGGCUGAGAGGCUGCAGAGGAAGCUCCAGCAGGAACAGGCCUACCUGCUCACCCUGCAACAGCAGCUCCCAUUGGACAGGAGCAGGACCAGCCUGCAGCAUCCUCAGCAGCCAUUGGACAAGAGUGAUGACAGAUUACAGAACUCUCAACAGCCAUUGGACAAGAAUGACCGCAGAUUACCGAAUUCUCAACAGCCAUUGGACAGAGUUGCACAGAAACCUCACCAACCAAGCAGGAGACCCCCUGCUCCCCCACCCCCGGCCCCACCAGACAGAAGUGAGCCCAACGGACCCCUAUCAGAGAAGAGUCAACAACAACAACAACAACAACAACAAUUCCAAUUCCAUAAUCAUCACCAGUCACAUCAUCAACAGCGACCUCAUCUUUGUCAGCAAGCACUACCUCAGAGCACCCAUCGGCCUGCUCCGUCAAGGCCCACCCCUCCAUCUCCUCCGACCAAUCCAGACAGCGCUCAAGACCCACUCCCACCGCAUCCACCAACCACAGGCCCUGUGCUGAACUCUGUGGAAUUGAGUGAGCCAAUAGGAGAGGCAGAUGAGCGCUACAGGAAGAACGUCCAGGGCUCUCCUCAGGCCGCGCCCACCAAACAGGCUCCGCCCGCCGUGCCACCCCGAGCCGACGCCCACGGCAACGGCAGCGCCCCUGACAACCAGGCUAUGCACCGGCCCGGGGAGCCGCAGGACCUGACGGCGCUGGCCAAGGAGCUGCGUGCCGUAGAGGACGUGCGUCCGCCCCACAAGGUCACCGACUACUCGUCCUCCAGCGAGGACUCCGGAACCACCGACGACGACGACGACGAGGAGGUGGACCAGGAGGGGGGCGAGGAGUCCACAUCAGGACCCGAGGACUCACGUGCUGUUUCCUCUCGUCUGAGUAAUGGGGAGACUGAGUCGGUGAAGACCAUGGUUGUCCAUGAUGAUGGAGAGAGUGAAGCCUCAUCCACACCAUGCAAGGACAGCACACUGGUGGUGAGACAGUCUCAAGCAGCGACGACACAGAAGCACAAGUCGUCGUCCUCCUUCACUCCGUUUAUCGACCCGCGCCUGCUACAGGUCUCCCCUUCCACUGGCAGCGCCCUCAACAACGCAGGUUACGGGAGCGAUGCGCGCCUGGCGGAGGCGUUGCGAGCGGACGCGUCCCGUAAGGGUUCCGUGGUCAACGUCAACCCCGUCAACACGCGCCCCCAGAGCGACACGCCCGAGAUACGCAAGUACAAGAAGAGGUUCAACUCCGAGAUCCUGUGUGCAGCACUGUGGGGUGUGAACCUGCUGGUGGGCACGGAGUCUGGCCUGAUGCUGCUGGACCGCAGUGGUCAGGGGAAGGUGUACCCGCUCAUCAACCGCCGCCGCUUCCAACAGAUGGACGUGCUGGAGGGACUCAACGUCCUCGUCACCAUCUCAGGGAAGAAGAAUAAGCUGCGUGUGUACUACCUGUCCUGGCUGCGUAACAAGAUCCUGCAUAACGACCCCGAGGUGGAGAAGAAGCAGGGCUGGACCACUGUGGGGGACCUGGAGGGGUGUGUGCACUACAAAGUUGUGAAGUAUGAGAGAAUUAAGUUCCUGGUGCUGGCGCUGAAGAACUCAGUGGAGGUGUACGCCUGGGCCCCCAAACCAUACCACAAGUUCAUGGCCUUUAAGUCAUUUGGAGACCUGGUGCACAAGCCCCUGCUGGUUGACCUGACGGUGGAGGAGGGUCAGAGGUUAAAGGUCAUCUACGGGUCAUGCUCGGGGUUCCACGCCGUGGAUGUGGACUCAGGGGCCGUCUAUGACAUCUACCUGCCCACCCAUAUCCAGAUGCAUAUCCAGUCCCACGCCAUCAUCAUCCUGCCCAACACGGACGGCAUCGAGCUGCUGGUGUGUUACGAGGACGAGGGCGUCUACGUCAACACCUACGGGCGCAUCACCAAGGACGUGGUGCUGCAGUGGGGGGAGAUGCCCACCUCCGUGGCCUACAUCCGCUCCAACCAGAUCAUGGGCUGGGGGGAGAAGGCCAUUGAGAUCCGCUCCGUGGAGACCGGCCACCUGGACGGGGUCUUCAUGCACAAGAGAGCCCAGAGACUCAAGUUCCUGUGUGAGAGGAACGACAAGGUGUUCUUUGCGUCGGUGCGUUCGGGCGGCUCCAGCCAGGUGUACUUCAUGACGCUGGGCCGCACCUCCCUGCUCAGCUGGUAGAAGCUCCUCCCACCCUGCCUCCAGCCACACCCACUUUUCAAGACCGCCAUGGAAACCAAGUCCAAACAUCAAAACAACCAAUCCCACGGAUCUGGGGUCCCUGCUGUGAGCGCUGUGCCGCGCUGGCGCACAAUGAUGAUGUCACAGACGGGGACUGUGUACAGCUGACCAAUAGGGGAGAGGGGGCGGAGUUUCAGUGUUAUGCUAGUCUGUGUUCGUGUCUCUCUAUUGGACCACUCGAGUGUGUGAGGGUUGCCAUGGAAACCACAGAGGACAUGAUGGGAAUAUUUAAAGGCAUGUUUGUGAAAGAGCUGGCACCUGGUAGAAGACAAAUAGAGUGUGUGUGUGUGUGUGUGUGUGUGUGUGUGUGUGUGUGAGUGUGUUUUUGGGACUAAGGCAGUUGUUCUGAUUCACAGAGAAAAGUGUGUGUAACUAUGUGGCUUCAGUGUGACCUUUGACCUUCAACCUUUCUGUUCAACCCUGUAACCCAAUCACACGGCUGUAUUUAACGGAGGGGCGGGGCUAUUUCUGUAUUUCUCACGCCUCUUUUUACACAGUGGUCAUGUGAUCAAGGCUUUGAGCCAAUAAAGAUACAGAGAGGACUUGCACAUCUCUACACACACACACACACACACUCUAGUAGUAUUGUCCUUAUGUUAUGCUUUGAACAGUGAACUUGAACAGUGUGUGUGUGUGUGUGUGUGCAUACGUGUAUGUGUGUGAUAGAGAGAAAGAGAGAUCCACACACACACACACACACACACAAACGGACUCACAGAUGCUCACACACACAGCACAAACCCCACAUAUGGCUGCAUACAGGUGUCACAGUACCCCCCCC